CCUAAAUGAGACUUCCCACCAAAAACCAAACCAAACCAAAGAUAGAUUUGGGCACGCACUACAUCAUUUUGGCACAAAACCUUCAAAACCCACCACCUCGGAGGGGUAUUGGCUUCACUUGAGAAGAGCAGCGUGGUGGGUGAACUUCUAAAAACCAGCGGGGAAGUGGCGUGUGGCGAGAGGCCGCACAAGCGCGGCAGCCACUCCAAAAGCUCCUGAGUGUGCACAUUUAAUUUUUUUCUUGGAAAUCCGAAUUAUGAAAUAUGAACAUUCGCUUCCCCCGGAAGAGCUGACGCAUCUUCACGACCGCAUAAAAUUGGGGUGAUAUCAAAGGGAAAAAGGACCAGAGAUGGCACGGAACGGUGGCACUGAGAGCACCGGUGAGAAGUGGGAGCUCGCCAGGGACAUGCUGUUGGAGGAAGAAGAACAGAGGAAAGCACCCAAAGGAGCAGUGCUGUCCCUCCAGCCCUCGUCCCCGCAGAGAGCCGUUGUGCUGUUGUACGCACUGCUGGCCCUUGGCUUCGUGAUCUUCAUGGCUCUCACCAUCACAAACACCCAAAGAGUGUCGGCGGUGUGGGAGGCGCUGGCCCAAGCCCGGCUGCAGGGCGAAAGGAGCCACACGACAGCCUGGCACAACCUCUCGGAGGUCCAGCACGCCCUCGAUAAGCAGCUCUCAGGCGAGCUCCAGGUGAUUCAGAGCCAACUUCUAAAUGUGUCCCGAGAAAUGGAGAACAUGCAGUGGAAGAUGGCACAGUGCAAAACGGAGUGGGGGAAGGAGCUGUCGGAUCGCAUCCGCGUCCUGGAGGGAAGGGAGGUGCCGGAGCGGGCGCUGGAGCAGCUGGCAGAGCUGCGGCAGGAGCAGAGCCGCGCGGCGACGCUCCUCAGCGCAGCGCUGGAGGGGCUGCGAAACCUCUCAGAAAUUCUCUGCACAAGGUGUCCCGCCGGCUGGCUGCAGUUCGCCAAAACCUGCUAUUUUUUCUCCACCGAUCCUAAACCCUGGAUGGAUGCUAAAGCCUCCUGCACCGAGCUCGGCGGUCAGCUGGCCGUCGUCAACAGCGAGCUGGAAAACAAAUUUCUGGCAAAUCACAUCAUGGAGACGCGGGUGUUCUGGCUGGGCCUGAGCGACAUGCACAAAGAAGGCGACUGGCAGUGGUUGGACGGCCGCUCCCUUUCUCUGGCGUUUUGGAAGAGCGGCGAACCCAACAACGUGGGCCAGCACGGUGAGGACUGCGCCACCGUCUCCUCCAGGGGCCUCUGGAACGACGCCAUCUGCAGCAGUGCCGAGGCCUGGAUCUGUGAGCGCGGCUGCUAGGGAGCUUAAAAACGGGGGAAAACCAGCAAAAAGACGGCAAAAGCAAGCACGGGAUGAAAACUUGGCACUGCGGGGCGAAGGAUGAUAUGCUGCUGCGUAAUUACUGGCCACGGAGGAAGUGCGAGAGUAGGCAAUGGAAAAAAUGCUUAAAAGAUGAGAAAAAAAACAAAACCAAGGGGUUGUGGGGUCAGGAGGCAUCACCGUGCGCAGGGGGGUGAGCGCACCGUGUGUUUUUGCUGCAGAUUCUCCUCGUUCCUCCUCCUCAGGCUCUGGGCGAAUCCACGCGGCGUGCAGACCUAAAAACAUCAGCCCGAUUUAGCAGGAGACGGGAUUCGCUCUGGAAAGGAAAGGAAGGAGCUGGCGUGGAAAGAGGCGUCCGAAAAAGGGAGCAUCCUCCCGGGGUCCAGCGCCGCGAUGGGGUUAGACCUGGAGGAGGGUUUGGACAUUUUUGGGGUGUUUGUUAACAUUUUGUGAGCUGCUUCCCUGCCGCGCGCUCAACGUAUCGCUUGCUGCUUAAUCAGGAAAAAAAUAAAGUCUUUUGAUUGCAACUUGAAACAAAACCAACGGGAGCAGAGCAGUGCCGAGGAGGGUCGCGGCACACCUUAUUCCCAGGGUUUAGGUGAAGAAAAACCAAAAAACAGAAGAGAGACCAGCAAAGCCGAGGUGUGAACAUGUUUUCGGGGUGCGUAUGCAAAUACCCAGCUCGUGGGCGUCGAAGCGUGACGGUUGUUUUGCCGAAAAGCCUUGCUGCUGGAUUCCCCUUCCCGGGGCGAGCACAGGCCCUGCUAGAAGAUUUGGGAUUUCACCUGCAUCGCGUCCAACGCCCCCAAACAUCACCGCGUUGUGUGCGGGGGGGUUUUAUUCACAACUUCCUAAAAACCACAGCUUUUUAGGAGCCUCUUUCAAAUCCCCACAGGUGACAGAGCUCCAGCAGUGUCACCGUUUCGGUAUAGCCCCGUCGCUCCCUAAAAUACCGAUCCCAUUACCCC